GGCAGGAUGGCAUCUGCUCAGGACCUUCUAAUCCUGGCACUCUAUGGCUUGUUACUAGAGCUACCGGCUGGAUGUCACGCAGCAGAUACGAGGCAACCAAGGUUACGUCUGUCACAUAAAGAGCUCUGGGAUUUAAACAGGACGUCAGUCUUUCGUAGCCCGUUUGGAUAUCUUGGACUUCAUAUAAUGCUGCUGGAUGAGUACCAAGAGCGACUGUUCGUGGGAGGAAGAGACCUCUUGUAUUCCCUCAGUUUGGAUCGAAUCAGCGACAACUACCGAGAGAUCCACUGGCCUAGUACACCUCUACAGGCAGAGGAAUGCAUAAUUAAAGGAAGAGAUGCUGAUGAAUGUGCAAAUUACAUCCGAGUCCUUCACCGAUACAACAGGACCCAUCUUCUGGCUUGUGGAACAGGAGCUUUUGAUCCACUCUGUACUUUUAUAAGAGCUGGACAUCCAUCAGAGGAUCAUCUGUUUCAACUGGAAUCGCACAAAUUUGAGAGAGGACGAGGCAGGUGCCCUUUUGACCCCAGUUCUUCCUUCACCUCCAUCUUAAUUGGUGGUGAACUUUUUACUGGUCUCUACAGCGACUACUGGGGAAGAGAUGCUGCCGUGUUUCGCUCCAUGAACCGCGCGGCCCAUCUUCGCACCGAACCUGACAAUGAGCGCCUGCUGAAAGAACCAAAAUUCGUUGGCUCGUACAUGAUUCCUGACAAUGAAGACCACGAGGAUAACAAAGUAUAUUUCUUCUUUACUGAAAAAGCUUUGGAAGCUGAGACAAGCACUCAUGCCAUAUAUACCAGAGUGGGACGUGUAUGUGCGAAUGACAUGGGAGGCCAGCGAGUGCUCGUCAAUAAAUGGACCACUUUCCUCAAAACCAGACUAGUUUGUUCUGUGCCUGGGAGAAAUGGAAUUGACACACAUUUUGAUGAAUUAGAGGAUGUGUUUCUGCUGCAAACUCGUGAUAACAAAAAUCCAGUGAUAUUUGGCCUCUUCAACACAACAAGCAAUAUAUUCAGAGGAUAUGCUAUAUGUGUUUACCACAUGGCAAGUGUCCGAGCAGCUUUCAAUGGACCAUAUGCUCAUAAAGAAGGACCUGAAUACCACUGGGCUCUCUAUGAAAGAAAAGUACCUUAUCCUCGACCUGGUUCAUGUGCCAGCAAGGUGAACGGCGGGCUGUACACUACCACUAAAGACUAUCCUGAUGAAGCUGUACAUUUUGCCAGGAGUCAUCCACUGAUGUAUCAGCCCAUCAGGCCUGUUCAUAAGAGACCAAUACUUGUUAAAACAGAUGGAAAGUACAAUCUUAAACAAAUAGCAGUGGACAGAGUGGAGGCUGAAGAUGGACAAUAUGAUGUUUUGUUCAUUGGCACAGAUAAUGGUAUUGUGCUGAAAGUCAUAACAAUUUACAAUCAAGAGACAGAAUCAAUGGAAGAAGUGAUUCUUGAAGAGCUGCAAGUAUUCAAGAUGCCAGUUCCUAUUAUUUCUAUGGAAAUCUCUUCAAAAAGGCAACAGCUCUACGUGGGAUCCGAGGAGGUCAUAGCCCAAGUGAAGUUCCACCAGUGUGACAUGUACGGCACAGCCUGCGCCGACUGCUGCCUGGCUCGGGAUCCCUACUGCGCCUGGGACGGGAUCUCCUGCUCCCGCUACUACCCCACAGCAGUGCAGGCAAAGAGACGUUUCCGCAGACAAGACGUUCGGCACGGAAACGCAGCACAGCAGUGCUUUGGCCAGCAGUUCAUUGGUGAAGUUCUGGACAAGACUGAGGAGCGACUUGUUUAUGGAAUAGAGUACAACAGCACCCUUCUGGAAUGCACCCCUCGGACCUUACAAGCAAAAGUAAUCUGGUUUGUCCAGCGAGCACAUGAAACUAAGAAGGAAGAGGUGAAGACUGAUGAUAGAAUAAUAAAAAUGGACCUUGGCCUUUUAUUCCUGAAGCUGCAUCGACUGGAUGCAGGGACUUAUUUUUGUCAGACAGUAGAACACAGCAUUGUUCACACUGUCAGGAAAAUCACCCUGGAAAUAGUCGAGGAAGAACGUGUAGACGAAAUGUUCAAUAAAGACUAUGAGGAGGAGAUCCCUCACAAAAUGCCAUGCCCAAUGCAGAGCAGUAUACCUCAGGCUUCAAGGCCAUGGUAUAAGGAAUUUCUUCAACUGAUAGGUUACAGCAACUUCCAGAGGGUGGAAGAAUACUGUGAAAAAGUGUGGUGUUCAGAUAAGAAGAGAAAAAAGCUGAAAAUGUCUCCAUCCAAGUGGAAAUAUGCCAGCCCACAGGAGAAGAAGGCAAGGAUCAGGCCAGAGCAUUACCGAUUGCCCAGGAACAUAGCUGACUCUUGAUGGACAAAAUCCAUCCACUGUUUCUGAGCAAAAUUUUAUUUGGACUUAAGAGGGAGAAAUCAGUCUUGGUUUGAGUAAAUUUCACAGGUUUAUAUAUGUAAAAUAUUGGGACUUAAAACAAAAAUGCUAUGGUAAGUUAUAUUGUACACUCAUGAUGACUGUUUAGAAGCAUUUUAAACAAAAUCUUCUCGACUAUCUGGUUGUAAGUAAGUAAAUGCAAUCAGUUUUGCAUU